UCCAACAUGAAACUGGCAUUUGCUGCUACGUUUCAUUGACCAAGUUUCCCCAGUGUAUGAUAAUCGAAAAAUCUCAGUUCGAGUCGCACCCCAAAAUCGCUCACCAAUAUAUAUGUAGGAAACGUAGCAAACAUUCCCGUGACGUGGCUCAUAACCAUAAGGGUCAAAGUCGACUCAGUAAAAAUUCCAGGACGAGGAAUAAGAGAUUCCCUCCCCAAAACUCAGAUUUCAUGUAACAAUGUCGCAGCUAGAGGAGCAGCUCGAAAGUAUCCCUGGGUACGAUAUAGCCAUUGACACGUACACCGAAUGGGCAGGCGACCGUUUCAAUAGCACUAACCCGUUUGAGGAUGAUGAAAGAAACAAACGCGUUUUGAACAGACAGAAAAACACAGAGAAAGAACGACGCGUCUGGAGACAAAUCCAGAAAACCGCGUGGGUACACGAUAAAUGUUUCUUAGGGUCUUGUGGUUUGGGCCUAGAUUGCGGCGUGGGGCUUGUGCCGGUAGCAGUAUUUUUUCUACCUGGUCUCGGCGCCAUUCUUACGUAUGUGAUCCAUGCGAGGCUUAUUUCUUUGGCACAGAAUCAGCUCUAUUUACCGGGAAAACUUGUGGCCAAACUACAGACAAACAUUUUGAUUGACUUCUUAAUUUCGCUUCCGCCAGUGGUUGGGGCAUUAUUGGCAUGGGUCAAUGGAUGUCUGACUCGGAAUGCUGGCAUGUUGUACGUAUACUUGGAUUCUCUAGGCGAAAAGCGACUACAGGGACAGGCUGCCGUUUAUAUGGGCCCUUCGCAUGGAAAGCAAAUGGUGGGGCCGAUUUUCCUCCCAGAACCCGGAUCUGCUGGAGGAAAUCUGAACAUAAAAUCUGAAACAAAAUCUGCAACCAAGGCUUGGAAGAAGUUAGCAAAACGAGGGCCUGAAAGCCCACUUGUGGUAGGCAUCCAAGAGUCAGGUGUUCGAUGAAUCUAGACAGUACAGGGACAAAAUGAAAGAAAGACAUCUAAUCUGAAUCAUAUCAUAGAUUGCGUCGUGUUUAUUUUCACCCCCUCGAUCUGGUAUCCCGAUGUCUGACUGGGAAGGUGACAACAUUUUUGCAACAUUCGAUGCGUGUUUAAUAUUGUUUGAUCUCGAUUCGGAAUAUUCGAAUUGAAGGGACUUCUUCUCGAUUUUGUGUCUUAAAUUUGAAAAGAAGUUCUAUGGAGCUUUCCGGAGUUGAA